ACGGCACAAAGGGGGUCGGAGAUGCCGCUCUUCGCAGCCAAUCCGUUCGACCAAGAUGUCGGAUUUUAGCUUACUUUGCAGCCUACAAACGUUUAUUUUGGAAGUAGCAGACUGUAUGAAAUCUUCAACAAGAAAUGGGCCAAGACAACAUUUGGGAUUUGCGACAGACUAUCCAGGAGAAUCCUAAUUUAUUCCCCAAAUUAGAAGAGAAGGCAACGAGCGAGAUGAACACUGCAGAGGACUGGGGCCUAAUACUGGAUAUCUGCGACAAAGUGGGGCAGUCACGUACUGGGCCCAAAGAUUGCUUGAGAUCUAUUAUGAAAAGAGUGAAUCACAAGGAUCCGCACGUUGCGAUGCAGGCGCUGACACUGCUCGGAGCAUGUGUGUCAAACUGUGGUAAAAUCUUUCACCUUGAAGUCUGCUCCAGAGACUUUGCAAGUGAAGUGAGCAACGUUUUGAAUAAGGGUCACCCAAAAGUCUGUGAAAAGCUGAAAGCCCUCAUGGUGGAAUGGAGUGAGGAGUUUAAAAAUGACCCCCAGCUUAGCCUUAUAUCUGCUAUGAUCAAAAACUUGAAGGAACAAGGAGUUGCAUUCCCUGCGGCAGGUUCCCAGGCAGCAGAACAGGCAAAAGCAAGCCCUGCUUUGGUGACUAAGGAUCCAAAUGUAGCAGCAAGCAAAAAAGAGGAGGAGGACUUGGCAAAAGCAAUUGAAUUGUCAUUGAAAGAACAAAGGCACCAGCAGCCAACUGUCUCUAGUCUGUAUCCGAGCACGUCUAAUCUUGUGACCAGCAAACCAGAAGGACGAAAGGUGCGAGCCAUCUACGACUUUGAAGCUGCAGAAGAUAAUGAACUCACUUUUAAGGCUGGAGAGAUCAUCGCUGUGCUGGAUGACAGUGAUCCAAACUGGUGGAAAGGUGAAACUUAUCAAGGCAUUGGGCUGUUUCCAUCAAACUUUGUGACUGCAGACCUAACUGCAGAGCCUGAGAUGUUGAAAACUGAAAAGAAAACUGUUCAGUUUAGUGAUGAGGUGCAGAUUGAGACAUUGGAGCCAGAACCUGAACCAGUUUAUAUUGAUGAAGAAAAAAUGGAUCAGCUGUUACAGCUAUUGCAGAGCGCAAAUCCCACCGAUGGCCAGCCAGACUCCCCAGAGCUGCUCCAUCUAGAAGGGAGCUGUGACCAAAUGGGACCACUCAUAGAUCAGAAGCUAGAGGAAAUUGACAGGAAACAUUCUGAACUAUCGGAGCUGAAUGUGAAAGUAAUGGAGGCCUUGUCCCUAUAUGCUAAGUUAAUGAAUGAGGAUCCUAUGUAUUCAAUGUAUGCUAAACUCCCGAGCCAGCAGUAUUAUAUGCAACAACCUCCUGCAGCGGCCUCCCAGGUAUAUUCAGGUCAGCCUCCCACUGGCACAUACGUAGUAUCUGGUGCUCCUCACAUGGCCUCAGUCCAGGGAUACAGUAUUCCAUCAGAUCAGAUUCCCUCACUCAGUCAAGCUAGUCUGCCACCAACAGGAAGCACAGCCCUGACCACCCAGCAAGUUCAGACAUCUUAUACUAGUUCUAUACCUGGAAGUGCAUACUUACACCAGGCAUCUGUCUACAGUCAACCUGCCCCUUCAAACAUUGAUAUCUCUAGCUACCAGGCUGCUGGCCCAAAUGGACAUCAGAUGGCAAACUACAGCAUUGGGCCCACAUCUCACGGUCAACAGUCCAACAGUCAACAGCAAUCCCCAUAUUCUCAGAAAGCACUUCUAUAGGAGAUGUGACAUUCAUUCCUUCAUUUUUCCUGGUCCUAGUUAUUCAAUUAAAAAAACAUUAGUGCAAUUU